UCGAUAAUUUCAUCAAUGAUAAUCACAUAAUGACGUUGUGGACGACGACGUAAAUCACAAAUAUUCAAUCUCGAAGAGGAAUUCAUUUAUGAAUUCCAUCAUUAUCAGCCAAUGCCAAGCCUUUCGAAAAACUCUCGUCAUUUUUGUAUACGCAGGUUCCAGGUGUGUCAACAAAGCGUGAUGGUCGAGGUUUUUCAAACGGAUGAAAAACAUGAUGAAUUGUUUCGAUGUAAUUUCCGAAUUCAAAUAUCAUUCACUGCUGAAUACUUUUCACCGUCAAAGAGAAGCUGCCACUAACAUAUUUACCCACUUUAUAGAUGUGACUCAAUCUUGACCCGAGAACUUGAAUAUUAGCUGAAUUCAAAGAUCGAUAAGUCUUAUCGUAGCAAAGACUAUAAAUUAUGAAAUCCGCAUGCACUAGAUAUCACAUUGGAGUUUGCAACACGCAUUAUUCCGUAAUCUGUUCGUAUUUUGAAUUGGCACGUUUGUCUUCUUUCUCUUUCGUCUCUUUUUCUCUCUCUUUGCCUCAGCCGACAAUGAGAUCCACACGUUUGCUUCGAUUGGCAUCGCGUUACACUAAGUGUAAAAUAUAAGUAUACAACCACCAAGUUAUCACAGCGGUACUUGACUUAGAUAGAUAAACUAUCAAUCUAUAGCUUGUUUUAUCUCCCUGGCGAUCGCCCGUUCAAAUUUGGAUCGUCAUCCAAGUCUUUUUCCUUAUUGAAAAAUGAAAGUUCAUAUAAUUGUCGAUCCUCUGUUUUUGUGGUAUCAGUCGCGGACGAGCAAGAGAAAUCGUAUAAUUUCAUUGGAAGAGUUUCAUGAGAAUGCCGAUGUUCGAUGCGUCUAAAUAAUAAACGCACCUUGACACGUGAGACAAAUAGGUCAGAUUUUCGUGAGGAUAUCGCAUGUGGGUGACAUCAUCACAUGUUAUAAAGAGUUGUUGAGUUAAUGGAGAUGGCAAAAUGCACCGAAUGUUGACACCGGUGUGACGGUAUAAUUCCCAUACGGAUGUAGUAAUAAUAGUAAAAUAUAACAAACGCAUUGAAUAAUCAUUUCCAACGCUUUUUCACGAGAUAAUUGCAUCCUGUAAUGGGUCACCGUUCCUAGCAGUGAUGUUCAAACCGUAGAGGAAUUAUUUCUCUAAUAAUUCCUCAGUCCAACUUUACUCGCGAUGGGAUAUAUCUGCGUAUCCCGUGAUACAAGUAUAACUUUGUCGAAUCCGUAGCAAUGAUUUGAAAUACAAUUGCGUAUUUAACGUUGACAAUAAACUUGUAGAAAGUCAUAAUUAUAUGACGGCAAAAGAAUAAAAAGGAGCAAUGAAGAAUUGGUCUCUGAUCUGGAAUUUUUUCUUCGUCGUUUUUUUCAUCCCCGGAAACUUUUCAGCGGUUAAACCGAUCACCGAUUUGAUGGGACGUUCACAUAUGCUAUCUACCGGAUUCCUCUUCCAAAGAAACAUAUCGAUAAAUCAAAAGACAUGUUCGUGCUCGACAGCAUUUUCUUGCUCUUGUUGCCAGAGCGUCAAGAUAUUACUUCGGGGCAUCACCAGGAACUUUUGCGUCAAUUUCAACUAUCAAUCGACCGGAUUGAGCAUGAACAUCACUUUGGGUUCGAACACUAUCCGAUAUGUUUCGGUCAUAGAUUACAGAGCGUUUAGAGUCUGCACUUCGAUACCGGACUGUUACCACUCCUAUGCUUGCGCCGAUGUUAUAGAGCUAUCCAGGUUCCCGAGAUCCAUAACGAUCUGCUUGCAACUUGAUUUCACGUCCAAAUUAGAUAGAUGGAUGAUAAAUUACAACUGUAUCAGUGUUUCGAACCAAUUACCAAAUGGUUCUGUAACAACAAUUUCGCCGGCGACGACAACCAACAUCGUCCUGAAUGGAACGAUGCCCGGAAUACAACCUACGACCCCUGGUCCAAUAUUAAUUGACCAAAGGGGGAAUUUAACCGGUCAACAGCUAUCUGCAGGUCAAAUGGGGACAAUUCCUGGAGGAUCUGCGCAAAUGCCGCCCGGGCCUGCACCCAAACAAAUGUCGGGAAUUUUCAAAAGAUCGGGCGGUACUCAUCUUCUUCGGAAGAUGAGAACAAUUCAAGGAAUCGGUUGGCUCUCAGCGAUGAGAACGAAAUCGAGUAAAAUUCGACCUGGUAAAUUCAAGAGUAGCAUUCAACUGCAGCAGAUAUUUGGUUGCAGUAAAUUUAAAUUGCCAUUAAAUUCUGGUUCUAACAGUAGAAUGGUGAAAAUUUCACCGAACAAUUUGUCAGAUCUACAAAGAAAGCGUACAGAAAUUCAGAAAGGCAAACGUAGGAGACGAAGUGUUCGCCAAUCAUCUAAUGUACCAAUGAGAAUGCAGGUGAUUCUGCGGGGUCGGAGAAACGGUUUGCCAAGAUUUAGAAGCAGCAGAUCGGCGGCGAAUCGCAAAAUGUUUCCUAAAACCACGUCAAGAAAUUCAAAAAUCGUCAAUGGCGACAGCAUAUUGAUUCCCAUGUUACAAUCGGGACCAGGUAAUGUUUCGGCAUUCAAUAUUGCCUCAACAUUUACCGAUGGAGGUGGUACUGCGGAAUUUUCGACCAUUCAACGGAUUCCAAUUACGCCGGCAUACGAGUUUGUGAAUCCGAUAUCUCCUUCAGUAUUUGUUCUAGUAAAUCCGCAAUCUCCAGUCGACGGAUCAAUCCCCGUAGUAGGGACGUCCACGAAUUACGACAACAGAACAAGUAAUUUCCCCAACCGAAUGCCGCCGAGUUUUGGAGUCAGUUCAAGAAUUGGACCGUUCGGUCAAAACAACGUAUCUCAAUUUGAUACCAGCCCGGAAGAGCUAGAGACUAUGAAACCCCAACCCGAACUUAAUCCAAACAGCAAAAUCAUUGAAAUUACCACCAGUGAUACGACAGAUGGAAGAAUGAUAUUUCCGCAAUAAAUUUUUAUCGUUGUGAGUAAAAGUCAACGCAUUUUCUAAUAUCAGAGGAUAAACAAAGGACGAGGGAUGAAGUAACAGUAAUCCAGUCUCAUACUUAAUUUAAUGAAGUGUAUAAAUUUAUUAAAAUUAGGCAGGAUUGAAAUGAUUACAAUAUCAGCGUUUUCUCUGAAAUUUCC